CGAGAACCUACAUCCUGCCAGAAACCCAGGUUGCUUGGUUAUUGGAUCAGCAAGCAGCCUUCCGCUAGAAAGACAGGAAUCCGGGUGUUUGGAUUUGUUCAGGGGAUUUCAGAAGAGAGUGGCUGCCUGAGGGUGUGGUCUCCAGGGCAUGAAGAAAUCGGAAGGGAAGGAGGAGUCACUGCUCUGGCAGUGUUUCUGAAGACAGACUCUGAGGACAGGGCACCGUGGUGGGGAUUUGCAGUUGUAGACAGCCGGAAGGAGCAGAGGUUGAUGUGAAGGCAAGAGGCCAGACCCGAUUCCACAAAAAGAUAAACUCCGGCCACAGCAAGAAGAGUGAUUCUAUGCCGAGUCCCACGCAGCUCUUGAAAUUCCCAGGGUGAGGACACUGAGAGGAUGGAGAAAAAAAGGACAAGAAUCGGGAUACACAAAGCUAAGGCCAGAGGGAGCGCUCUCUCCUGAUGGGAAGGAAGGAAGAAACAAGAAAGAGGAGAAGAAGGGAGGGUCCCAACAGCUGCAGCGCACUUUUGUAUGCACGCAGGAGGCUGACUGUCACUGAGACCCCUCCACCUAACAGCUUGUCCACGUGGCUUGCCUGGCACACCCAGCGUUCUUGAGACUGGAGCAGCUUCUUUGUGUGACUCGCCUCAGGUGCUCUGCGUUCUGAGGCUGGCCUUGCUCCCGCCCCACGCGUGUGAUCGACCUCCAGCUUGAGCCGCUUCCCACAGCUGUUCCUAUAGUAAAUGAACAAGUGGACUUCAAGGCACUUGUCUAGUUGAAGACCUUCCUGGCCUUUCACUGUUGCCCCUGGCAAGUGAAGCACCCUCAGGAGAGCCACACAGCACCUGUCUUCUCAGAGCGAGGUUCGACUUUCGCACCUUCUGCAGUCCCGCCUGCCCUAACUCCUACACUCUGGUCUGUUCCUAUCACCUGCCCCACUCCAUCCCCACCUGUGUCCAACUACGCUCUCAGUUGUUUAUUCAGUCUCUUGGCACCCUCCUGGAAGGCGUACUACGUGUCAGGCAUUACGUUCUAUUCAUGUAAGGUAGAGCAGUGCGCCAGUCAGCAUGCCCUUUGGGGCUUAUACUGUACUUUAGAGGAGUAUAUUAGAUUUGUCUGCCUGGCUUUCCCAACUAAAUCUAGUCAUGCAGCUAUGUUAAAACUGUAAGGAGACAAAGGACUAUCCAGAGGGCAUAGUUCUAGGUCUCUGAGGUGCUUGGAGAAGAUGACUUGGAGUUAGUGUCCAAGGCCAUGGUCAGCAUAGAUGAACAGAAUGUUGCAGAUAGAGUCAGCAACUGCCACCCAUCAAGACUACCUUUCAAAGGAGAACCAGGCCUCAGUCAUCGGAUGCUCAGGAAACUUUUCUUUAAGACCAUAAAUUACAAAAAAAGAAGAACCCAGCAGACUCACAAGUAUCCCAUGAAGGAAGGAAAACCCGUGCUUUCUGUGCUGAGGGAGUAAGUGGAGGACGGUGAGCUUUGAUCUGCUGUUGGCAAAAUUUUCACACUGGCAGUCAGGAUAGCUCACUGCUGUUGGAAACCUGGUUAGAAAACCGUGCUGCUCAUUCGGCUAAACUACAACGUGCAGAGGGAGCGAGGGGAAAGCAGUGGUAGCAAUCAGAGGAGCAGGGGAUGGAACCGGACCACAAUCCUCAGAACAGGAAAGGGCGUCGGGCCAAGGGUGGGGACGGAUUUUACUGGAAGAGAAACAAAGAUUGAACACCAAAUAUGAGAACUUUUAAUUUGAGAUGAGACACUUAAAGCAGCCUUCAAAGGCCCUGGAAUGAGAAGAACAGCUAGUUUCCAACUAGUGUAGAAAGAUUUUAUAUAUAUAUAUAUAAUUGUAGAAUGGGAAAUUUGUCAACAUUGGCCAUAGAGGUUAAAAUCAGUCAUUGCUCCAACUACAAAUGUUACUAAAAACUACAGAAGACAAGGCAAAUGGGCGUAUAGUCAGUUAAAAACAUAAACUGCACAAUUUAGAAUUUAAAAACUCAUCAGUCAUGGUAUAGUUAUGGAGUUAGGGAGCUAAUAAUAAUUACAAAAUCUACUUCCCGACAUUGCAUACCGCAGAAGUGGACAGAAAGCUCUGUUUCACAUAGUCACUCAAGGAGCCACUCUAGUGUGAUCCCUACAAUCCUGUAGCCUACUAAAGUGGCUGCAACAGAAGAAAAGAGACUGAGGAAUUGGGCGUGGGAUCUGUGGUGUCUGAGGCCAACUGUGACACAUGCCUCUUGUGCUUACAUUCCCCUAACCAGAGAAAAUCACAUAGUUGUAUCUAACUUCGGGGGUGCUGAGAAUUGUAAGGAAGCUAAUAGGUAUUGAUUAAUAUCCAUGUUCCUGUUACCCAGGAAAAUAGUUAUGUGGUCGGGUAUAGAAUAUGCAAUACAUACAAAAGUGUUGCAAUAAAUAACACAAUUGGGAAUGGGUAAAAUGACACUUUUGUCAGUUUAAGUGAGUGAAAGAAUAUGUAAUACAAUAAUAGCACAGUCACCUAAUAAAAUAAGAGGAAAAGUAAUAACAAAUAUUGAUAUACUGCAAAAAAGGAAACUAUCCUAACAGGAGGUUUUAAAGUAACACUAAAUUACUGAUAGGUCAAAAAGGCCAUAAAAUACCAGUGAUGAUAUAAAAUGCUUGAAUAAUAAAAUAACCAAUUUUGAUUUCAUAUGCAUUCAAGAAUCCAUAUUAGUUUCAAGUACCCAUGUGUGAAUUAGAAUAAUUCAUCACUUAUUAGACAAUAAAUAUAUUUCAUGAAGUACAAAGAUUAUUUUAAAUUUACCAGCAAUUCCAUGAAUAAUGCAGUGUUGCCUAAAUAAAUUUAUUUUCCAUUCAAAAAGAAAAGCUGCUAUCUGGGACCACCCAUGAAAGGGAAAAGAGGGUGACAAGCCAUGGUGUGACUCUGCGGGUUCCGCUGUCUGGAUCCCUGGGAUUCUACCAGCGAUGGAUUCUUUUAGAACUUCACGAAGCAAUUCCUGGAUUUUUCCCACUGUGAUCCUCUGCUUAUUUGGAUUUUUCUCUCUGAUGAGACCAUCAGAACCAUUCCUUAUCCCAUAUUUAUCUGGACCCAAUAAAAACCUGACCAGCACAGAGAUCACGAACGAGAUCCUUCCCGUGUGGACCUACUCCUACCUGGCGCUCCUGCUCCCCGUGUUUGUCCUCACCGACUACGUCCGCUACAAGCCAGUCAUCAUCCUCCAAGGCGUGAGCUUCAUCGUGACCUGGCUGCUGCUCUUGUUCGGCCAAGGAGUAAGAGCCAUGCAGGCCGUCGAGUUCGUCUUUGGGAUGGUCUCGGCCACCGAGGUGGCCUACUACGCCUACAUAUACAGCGUGGUCAGCCCUGAGCACUAUCAGAGGGUGAGCGGCUACUGCAGGAGUGUCACGCUGGUGGCCUACACUGCAGCCUCGGCGCUGGCCCAACUCUUGGUGUCCCUGGCGAACCUGUCAUACUUUUACCUCAACGUCAUAUCCUUGAUCUCUGUCUCUGUGGCCUUUUUUUUCUCACUCUUUCUACCAAUGCCUAAAAAGAGCAUGUUUUUCCACGCACAACCCAGCAAAGAAGUUCCUCCAAAGCCACCGGGGAAGGAUGCUGCCCUAGGGGAGGCUCAGGAGGAUCACGGAGCAGAUCAGCAGAAAUCAUUCCGCAUUCCCGAGAAUCUGGGGGACAGCCUUAUGGGCAGCCGCAAGACUGGAAGCAUGGUUUUGAGGAUUUUUGUGCAGUGGUUCCAAGAUCUGAAGGAGUGCUACUCCUCCAAGCGUCUGUUUUACUGGUCCCUGUGGUGGGCUUUUUCCACGGCAGGUUUUAAUCAAGUUUUGAAUUAUAUUCAAAUCCUGUGGGAUUACAAGGCACCAUCCCAAGACUCUUCCAUCUAUAAUGGGGCGGUAGAAGCUAUUGCAACAUUUGGAGGGGCUCUGGCUGCCUUCGCAGUGGGCCAUGCGAAAGUCGACUGGGACCUGCUGGGGGAGCUGGCCCUCGCCUUCUUCUCCGUCAUCAGCGCUGGCUCCCUGUUCCUCAUGCAUUACACCCUCAGCAUCUGGCUGAGCUACGCUGGGUAUCUGAUUUUCAAGUCCAGCUACAUGCUUCUGAUAACCAUCGCGGUAUUUCAGAUUGCGGUUAAUCUGAGUGUGGAACGCUAUGCCCUGGUGUUUGGAAUAAACACUUUUAUUGCCUUGGUGAUUCAGACUAUCAUGACUUUGAUUGUAGUAGAUCCCAGAGGGCUCAACCUGGCAAUCAGCAUUCAGUUUUUAGUUUAUGGGAGUUAUUUUGCUGUCAUUGCUGGAAUUUUCCUAAUCAGAAGCACAUACAUUCUCUACUUGGUCAAAUGCCAGAAAGAAGAACAGAGACUACCUACAAUUCAGAGUCCAGCUAAGCCACACACAGAGGAGCCAAUUAAUACCGUCCUGUCAACAAAGCUCUAACCUUAUUGUAUCAGUACAGUAGUUUUCAAAUCAGUGACUAAAAGGGUGGGAUUUUGAGAUGGAUAUACGGACAUGUUCGAUAAGCUGGAUCCCAAUGGACCUUUCAAAAAGCACGACAGAACCUUAGCUUUAGACCGUAUAUCUAUGUGCACAGCUGAAUUGCGUGCAGUUGGCAAAGCCCAUCACAGUUAAAGAACCCAUGUUGGAAACCCAUGUGCAUAGAAACCUAGUCCUGAUCACUUCUAAGAACAUGCAAAUGGCACAAAAACAAACCAGGAAGAAACACCACCCCUCCUGGUGGACUCCUGCCCACCAGUGGAUGGAAAUCCUAACUGGACUGACCCUAUAUUUGGGCUAGGUGCUUCUUGUGACUGAAGGAGGCAACACAAGGGGCAUUUUGGUCACAUGAGCCAUUUUUCUUCCUCUUCCAGCAAGUGUGCUUCUGGUUUAACUUCUACUCUGAGAGAAUUACAAAGGUUGAUCUCAUUUCUAAAGAGUCUUUCUCAACCUUAUAAACCUUGCAUUAUCCACCAGCUAUGGUUUGAUACAAUCACUAUUUUUAUCUUUUAUAAUUAUUUUUCAUUUUUGCUUUUUUGAGCUUUGCGCUAUAACUACCUCAGAAAUUGCUAACAGGUAACUGUGUGUCACUGGAUGACACUGAGCUAGAAGAGGUAUUGUUAACCCAGUCUGUGUAUUAAUGUUCUAUCAGUAUAAUGUCUAAAGUAGAACACUAGAAGAAAUUUCCAGAGGUUUCUAGUAAUAUUUAUAAAUGAAGAAUACUUGGAGGAAUUAGAUGCCUGAUAUUUUUAUUCAUUUAUUUUUUACUUUCUUUUUUUGGUGCUAGAGAUUAAAACCAAGGCCUCAUGGGUGCUAAGCAGAUCUGUCAUUGAACUACACCCUAGUUCCCGAAAUACCCAGCCAGCUUUGCCACACCCUAAUCUCCUAUGUCAGAACAUACUAUCUUGCAUGCCUGGAACUGACUUGUAUAAAAUUUUUUCAUUACAGUAUUUUUUAAAGACCAAAGAAUUUUAACUAAAGUUCAAAGGGAACAGGGAAAAUAUGUUAUGGUGCAUUGUAUAAUCACCUGUAAUAACAACAUUAAAAAUGAGAAAAUACUUUAAACAGCAACAUAGAAAGAGCUCUAAAAUACAUCAAGUAGAAAAAAAAGUUAAGCGCCAAAAUAAUAAUAAAUGCAGUAAAUUCAUAAUCUGCAUAAAAGGAAGAAGACUGGCCAAAUUACGUGUGCAUAUAAUUUUUCUGUAAGUACAAACAUAAUGAGUAACAGUAAUUACCUGCUAUCAAGUAAUGAAGGGGGGAUACUUCUCCUGAUAUUUCAUGUUUUCAGCCUAUGAAGCACCCACCCCCAAAUAAAAUCCUGCUUCAGAAAAAAAGUGUUUAACCUUGGAAAAUUAGCAUUCAAGUAUAAGGAACUAGCGAUUUGUUAUAUGUAACCACCACCCUGAUGGUUUUACAGUUUUUGCAAUGUACAUAAAUAACUAAAUGUGCAUUUACAAUUAAAAGGAAAAGCAAGAGAAGAAAAACAGAUCUAGCACUAAAAAUUAAGUGAAAUGCUCUAUUUGUUACGUCAUUAAAGAAAAAAUGUUUUCAUUUGGUUGUUGUUGUUGAGUUAAAUCCUUUUAUGUAAGUGCCAGCCACAUAGGCUCAGCUCAUGGUCAUCCCCACACCAGUUCCUGUUCCCCUGUCCAAAGUCAAGCACAUAGAAAUAGUACAGCUUGAAUUCAGGCAUGUCUGACCACAAGAGCUGUGAUCUUUCCACUGUGGGAUAUAAUGUGUCUUCAUUAAAGACAAAGACCACUAGAGGACCCCCAAGUCAGCAGAAUAUCAACUCAAAGAACUGCGAGAAAUUGAAAUGGUGUGAGUUUUUAAAGGAUUUCUGGAUUUUCUCAGAUGUAAGUAGGAGUCAUUUUGAUCUAAAGAAUCUUCCUAUUUCAAAAACAGAAAUUCUAUGUAAUUAUGCUCUACAGGAAACCAUAAAAGUCAGGGGAAAGUAUAAAGGAUCACGUGGUCUCUUUUAAAGCACUCACUCAGAAACUAGCAGGAAGAUAAAUUGGGUCAGUAGACAAACAUGCUAUUCCAUAGAAUGCUGGAGACCAAAGGACAAGAUCUGGGAGGAAUAGUUAAAUCAGCAUGCUCAGGUCAAGAGAGUUAUGACCAGAAGAAAUUACCCAUAGUUGAACUGAGUCCUGAGUUUGAGCUUUUGAAAACACUUUGAAAUUUCAAUUUUAUCAGGGCACUUACCUUCUCUUGGAAGUAGUAGGCUGGAUCCAAUAAAAUAGCAUAUAAAAUUAUUGCGAUUUAUACUCAGAACAUCAAUUCUCUCCUAUAAGUAUUUGAAUUAUAAAUAUCAAGUAUUUUAAAAUAUGGUCUAUCUUGAACAUGAGAAAAAAAUUUUGUUGA